AUGUCUGACAUCAAGGGUGAAAUUGAUUCAGUUGAAAUAGCAAUAGACACUAAUGACUUGUCCGAACUGUUUAGUGUCACACCCAAUGUACAAAUAUACAGAAAUCUUCCACACAAAAUUACACUGUCUUUACCCGAAUUCAAUCCAGGAAAAGUCCAUGAAGAACUUUGUAAACUGUUUGGAGCCUUAUCAUCGAGUUCUUUUACUUCAGAUAAAAAUGGCUACAGCAUGACGACAACACAGAAAUCACCAGAAGCUGGAUCCUCUCCUCCAGUCAAACAGAUGCUUGAUGAACCAGAGACCGUCACCACCAUAGACACUGGGUAUAAAUAUAACCUUUACAAAGUGGCUUGUCUGAGUGAUGAAGAAAUCUGGACAAUUGGAGAUGACGGCACCAUGAAACUCUACAGCAUCAAUCAGGGAUCACUACUCAAGUCAAUCACAACCAAGUCAUGGAACAUACCAUCUAACAUAGCAGUGACAAAAAAUGGAGAUCUAGUUUAUACUGAUUCCUAUGAUAGAACUAACCAAUCAUUCUAUCCAGUAGGAAUCACCACAGACAGUCAGAGUCACAUCCUUACAGCUGAUAAUAACAAUGUCUGUGUCCACAUCAUAGACCAGGAUGGACAGUUCCUCCGUUACAUACACUAUGUACUGUUUCCCUGGGGACUGUGUAUAGAUACAAAUGACAAUCUGUUUGUUGCUCAAUUAGGAAACAGACAAGUGAAGAAAAUCAAAUAUCUCCAGUGA